GUUGAAGACUUCUCUGAGUGUUCUUUGUUCCAGAGUAAGUCUCUUUGGUUUGGCCUUUGUGCUUAUCCACAACUAUCUCCUUGAAUCUCUCAAACACGUCACUCUUUUAUUUUUAUAAAAAGACAGCAUUUCUACGCCUUUCUGAACUUCAGUCCAUUUAUUUAAACUUUUACUCUUCGUUUUUUUUUUUCUUCUUUUGUUAGCAAUGGGGUCUUCAGAACAACACAUUCUUGUCACUGGUGGUGCUGGGUACAUUGGUACUCACUGUUCCGUUCAGCUCCUUCAAGAGGGUUAUAGGGUUUCCAUGAUUGAUAACUUCUAUAAUUCUGUCAUGGAAGCUGUCGAUAACGUUAAGGAAUUGGUGGGUCCUAGUCUUGCUAAGAAACUUCAACUUUAUAAGGUCGAUCUUAGGAAUAUUGAUGAAUUGGAGAAGGUUUUUUCGCUGAAUAGAUAUGAUGCUGUGAUCCACUUUGGUGCCCUUAAGGCUGUUGGGGAGAGUAUGCAACAUCCUUUCCGAUACUUUGACAAUAAUUUGAUUGGAACCAUUAACCUAUAUCAGGUUAUGGCCAAGCACAAGGUUAAGAAGAUGGUGUUCUCAUCAUCUGCAACUGUUUAUGGACAACCUGGAAAAGUACCUUGUGUUGAGGACUUCCCUUAUAUACCUAUGAAUCCUUAUGGACGGACCAAGGUUUAUUGUGAAGAAAUGGGUAAAGAUGUCCAGAAGGCAGAUCCAGAAUGGAGAAUAAUUGCACUGAGGUACUUCAAUCCUGUUGGGGCUCAUGAGAGCGGUAAGCUUGGUGAAGAUCCCAAAGGUAUCCCAAACAAUCUGAUGCCCUACUUACACCAAGUAGCUGUUGGUAGAUUGCCUGAGCUUAAUGUUUAUGGUCAUGAUUAUCCGACAAAGGAUGGUACUGCGGUCCGAGACUACAUCCAUGUUAUGGACUUAGCUGAUGGUCAUAUUGCUGCUCUUAAGAAGCUAUUUACAGAUGAAGAUAUAGGUUUUACAGUUUAUAACUUGGGAACUGGAAAAGGUACAUCUGUGCUUGAAAUGGUUGCUGCAUUUGAAAAGGCUUGUGGCAAGAAAAUCCCUAUCAAAUUAUGUCCCAGAAGACCUGGGGAUGCAACAGCUGUUUAUGCUGCCACUGACAAAGCUCAGAAGGAACUUGGCUGGAAGCCGAAAUAUGGUGUUGAAGAGAUGUGCAGGGACCAAUGGAACUGGGCAAAGAAGAACCCAAUGGGGUACCAGAAAAAGGCUUGAAUCACUUGCUUUAUCUCUGAAAAAUACAGUAAUAAUCCCUCAGCAAACAUAAAGCUGCAAAAUAUCUAUAGAGCAAUACUCACACAAGUUUUGACUUCAUUGACUAGUCAUAAUUUUUUUUUCUUUUGUGCUUUUGUGUUUUGGGUUAUUGGACUAUGCACUCAGUCUCCUUUAUUUGAAUAAGAGCUAUACUUUCUCGGUUGUGGUUAAA